AUGUCCUACACUGGCACAGUACGGUCCUUCAACCCGCACAAGGGCUGGGGCUUCAUCGAGUGCGCGGAGACACACAAGCAGUUCGGAUCCGACGUCUUCCUGCUGAAGAAUGACCUGAGCGGCUUUGGCGUCCAGAAAGGCGACCAGGUCACCUUCAACGUGACGCAGAGCGAGAAGGGCGCCCGAGCAACGGACGUGCAGGUGAAGCCCGGCUUCCAGGAGGAAGGAGAGAAGGGCCAGCUCUUCUUCGGAGAGGUUCGCAGCUUCAACCAGAGCAAGGGCUUCGGAUUCUUGUCCAGCCCUGCAACCGAGAGCCUGUUUGGCAAGGACUGCUUCUUCAUCAGGAGCGAGUUCGGCGAUGCUUGGCCGGAGCCGGGUUUGCAUGUGCAGUUCCACGCCAAGGAGGGUGAGCGCGGGCCAAUUGCCUCUGAUGUGCGUGUACUGGACCCUCCGGGCCGGUGGUCCAAGGGCUUCGGCAAGGGCUUCUUCCCAGGCUUCUUCCCGAUGGCCUUUGGCUACGGCGGCUUCGGCAACUUCCCGCGAAAUGAUCCCAAGGAAACGGACGUCUUCUUUGGUGUGGUGAAAGCGGUCCACGAGAAGGGCUUCGGGCACCUCAGCAGUGAGGCGAUGACGCGCCUCUACGGAAAGGACCUCUUUGCUCACAGGACUAGCAUCGAGGAGGCGAAGGUGUCAGCCGGGCAGGCCGUGUCCUUCAACGUAUCACCGGGGCCAAAGGGGGCGCAUGCCGUCAACAUCCAGGCCUUUGACGAAACGCGUGGCAGUGGGUCCUUUUCGGGGACGGUGAAGGCUUUCAACGACACGAAGGGCUGGGGCUUCAUCGAGUCUGCAGAGGCCAAGGAAGUCUUCCUGUCCGAGAUCUUUCUGCACAAGAACGAGCUUGGAGGGAAAGGCGUAUCUGUUGGUGACAAGGUGCAGUUUACAGUGGACGUCAGCAGUGGGCGCGCCACCGCCAAGAAUGUGUUUGAUGCCUCCAGCGCCCCGCAGUGUUUGCUCCGAAGGCAGGACCCGGCAAAGGCGGAACAGGAGUUCUUUGAUGCCGUGGACUUCUUUGCCGAAGGCGCCCCAUAUCACGCUGAGAAGUUCGACGACUUCUUUCACAUGGUCUCUGCCGUCCACGAGGACGAUGACGAGUUCCGCUUGAUGACGUCCAGCGCCUUCGACGUGGUUGAGUGA